GGUCUUUCCUCUCCUCCUCUGCUGCAGGGGUCAUGCCCAGACCCCCUCAGUAAUAAUUCUGCCCUCCCGCGUCUGAAACUGCAGCUUUUACACCGCGUGUGGUUCGGAGUCAUGAUGGGCGGCAGGACGAGCGCUAUCGCGGCCGGAGUCGGCGCGGCGCUGUUUGUCGGUUACUGUAUUUACUUCGACAGGAAGCGACGGAGCGACCCGAACUUCAAGCGCAAGCUGAGAGAGAGAAGGAAGAAGCAGAAGGCAGCACAAGAAAAAGCUGGGCUAUCAAGGCUACCAGAUCUUAAGGAUGCUGAGGCUGUUCAGAAAUUCUUCCUCGAGGAGAUUCAGCUGGGAGAAGAACUCUUGGCACAGGGAGACUAUGAGAAAGGAGUAGACCACCUGACCAAUGCCAUCGCGGUGUGUGGUCAGCCUCAGCAGCUCCUACAAGUGCUGCAGCAGACUCUGCCUCCACCGGUCUUCCAGAUGCUCCUCACCAAACUGCCCACUAUCAGUCAGCGCAUCGUUAGCGCACAGAGCGUGAGUGAUGACGAUGUGGAGUAAGAAGAGGCCCUGUUAUUUAUGUGACGCUCCUCUGUGGAACCUUCUCACAGCUGUUUUACUCGUCCACCAUCAAAUCACUCUCCUGUUUCAUCCCAGUUUAUAUAGUGGCCACACAGAAUUUUUCUGAUAAACACUAAUUUGUCUGUAAAGGCUACACAAGCCUGUAAUUUGUUAACAUCUGUUAAAAAUAUUGGUGUCUUUUAAUGUCUGGCGACCUAUUGUUAACCUCUAGCUUGAUGCUGUCAGGUAACUAACAGUGAUUAGUGUUUUCAAAUGUGUAAAUGAAUGAGAGGCAUUGUCAUGUUUCCAGUUUUCCUUAUGACAAUAUAUUUGUGCUAAAAAUCAGCGAAUAUGCAACAAGCAAAUGCUGCACAUUGUUCCCAAUUCUUCCUUGGCCAUAGACAAAAUGUUUACAUUGUCAGAUCCAGUGAUUUUUCAGUUCCAUUCCUGGGGGGAUACAUGCACUGGACGUUCUAGACAUUUUCCCCUUUCUGACCAAGCUUGUGAAGGAGGUUAGUGGGUGCCUGAGGAGUUUAAUCAGACGUGUUGAGUAGAACACAAAUGCAGUGUGAACAGGACUGGGAUUGAGACUCACUAGGCUAAUCAGUUAUUCAGCAUCGAGUCAUUUAGUUGUAUGAAAGAACAGGUCAAGAAAGCAGGGGGUUAAACUACAGAGCUGAAUGUUUUAGAAAGUAGGCUGUUUAGUUUUGUACAAAGCCACAGUUGUAUGCAGAUGUUUGACUAAAUUAGGUCUUGUUGAUUUUCUAACACAUCCUGUACAGAGAACAUACUUAAAUAUGGCUUUAUUUGCUAAGUUAAUAUAUUGGAAGAAAAUAAAACCAUAACUUUUGCACAGAUUUUAUGCACCUGUUAAAUUCAGCAAAUUAACAGUAGUCUUGCAUUAAAACGUGCAGAAGUGUGUUUUCUGAAGAGGAUGUUAACUUAUUUUCACUUAGAAAAGCAGCAGUUUGUCAACUUCUGCAUAUGACUUUACUAUAAAGUCAAAACAUUAUGCAAAGUUCUUGCAUUACUGCAGUACUUGUUUAUAACCCAUGCAUUCAGCUUUGCAGUUGACCUCCUGAGUUCAUGGAAAAACAUUCAUCAAGUUAUUUUAAAAAUCAUGUAGAAUGUCUUACGUAUUACUCGUUUGCGGUACUUUUGAAGGUGCUUGAGUAUUGUUCUUGGUAAGCUGAUUUGUAAUGGAGAGUCUCCUUUUUUAAACUCAAAAUAAAAGAUGGAUGAAGCCGU